AUGCUGCUGCUCUUCCUCCUUGAGGUAGCCACAAGCAGGUGUCUCCAUGAUGAGACUCAGAGGUCAGUGAGCCUCCUCAGGCCCUCUUUCUCCAAACUGCACCCAGAUUCCCGUUCUUCUCUCCCCCUCCCUGGUUCUCAUGAUCCUCGACCCCUCCGAAUCCAAGCCUACUAUGAGGGAGACCCUGUAUCCGCUGCUUGGGAUGCCUCUGGAGAUGGGCUGAGAGGGGUAUCCCGCGCUCUGGCUGCAGUGAGAGAGGCCACUCAGCGAAUCCAGGGUGUCCUGGCAGUUCCUCCAGUACAAGGACCCCUGCUUCUGAGCCGAGACUCUGCACAGUACUGCCAUGCUGUCUGGGGAGACCCUGAUACCCCAAACUACCACAGGUGUAGCCUUCUGAACCCAGGUUACACAGGAGAGAGUUGCCUGGGAGCGAAGGUGCCUGAUGCCCAUCUCCGUGGAUAUGCCUUGUGGCCAGAGCAGGGUCCCCCACAGGUGGUGCAACCAGAUGGUCCUGGGGUUCAAAAUGCUGAUUUCCUUCUGUAUGUGCGGAUUGCCCACACCUCCAAGUGCCACCAAGAGCCCUCCGUCAUAGCCUAUGCCGCCUAUUGCCAGCUGGAUUUAGAAGACAGGCCGGUUGCUGGUGCCAUUGUCUACUGUGCCCAACAUCUCACCAGCCCCAGCUUCAGCCACAAUGACCUUGUCAUGGUCACGCUACAUGAACUGUUCCAUGCCCUGGGUUUCUCUGGACAGCUCUUCAAGAAGUGGCAGGAUUGCCCCUCAGGAUUCAGUGCUAGAGAAAAUUGUUCUACCAGGCAACAAGUGACAAGACGAGAUAAGUGGGGACAGCUGCUUCUCACCACCCCAAAUGUUAGCCACAGCCUGGCCAAACACUUGGGGGUGUCAGGGGUUUCUCUGGGUGUUCCUUUGGAAGAAGAGGGCCCUCUGUCCUCACAUUGGGAAGCCAGACUGCUCCAGGGCUCAAUAAUGACAGCUACUUUUGAUGGUGCCCAGCGAACUCGACUUGACCCAAUCACUCUUGCUGCCUUCAAAGAUUCAGGGUGGUAUCAGGUCAACCACAGUGCUUCAGAGGAGCUGUUGUGGGGCCAGGGAGCUGGCAUAGAAUUUGGCUUGGUGACUACAUGUGGAAAUGACUCCUCAGACUUCUUCUGUACUGGCAGUGGGCUGGGAUGCCAUUACCUGCACCUGGACAAGGGAAACUGCUCCUCAGACCCCAUGCUGGAAGGCUGCCGCAUGUACAAACCCUUAGCCAAUGGGAGUGAAUGCUGGAAGAAGGAAAAUGGACUCCCUGAUGGUGCAGAAAAUCCUCAUGGGGAAAUCUAUCAUUCCCAGAGUCGCUGCUUCCUUGCCAACCUUAGUUCACAACCACCCCCUGAGAUCAAAGCUAGCCAUUCUUCCCAGAUCCCACAUGUCAAGGAAGCAGAGCUUACUGGCCGCUGCUACCUACAUCAAUGUACACAGAAGGAAGCAUAUAUGGUGCGAGUGGAUGGAUCACCUUGGGUUCCAUGCCUUCCAGGAAAGCAUAUUAAGAUACCUGGGUACUUUGGUCUCCUCUACUGUCCCCAAGGUCGGUUAUGUCAGACUAAUGAAGGUACAAAGGCAGUUACUUCUCCAUCUGUGAGUCUUUCCACACAAGACCUGCUCUUCCAGCUUUCUUUAGGAUUAGCUGGGCCCUCAGGCUACUUACUGGGCAAGGGACAGAGAGAAGAGCUGGCUGAAGCAGUCCUGCAGGUUCUGGUGAACAGAAGUGGCACUGGCAGGUGCUAUUUCCACAGCCCAUCUAUUACCACUGAUUUGGUGUUCACUGUGCAUAUGUUGAAGUCCCCUGGCUGCCAAGGGCCUUCGGUCACCGUGCUGUACAGGACCCUGAUCCUGACUCUCCAGGAGAAACCUCUAGAAGUGUAUCAUGGCGAAGCCAGCUUCACCACAGAAUACAGCAAGUUACUGGUUACCUCAAACCGUAAUUCCUCCAUGACCCGCCUCUUUGUGUCUGUGGGACUCUGUCUACUGCUGCUAAUUCUAGUGGGUACACUGGGAAUUGUGGCCUAUCAAAAACAAGCUACUCUUCGAGUGGGACCAUCUACCCCUCACCAUCACCAGACACAUGGCACAAGGGGCUCAACUGGAAUAAGGGAAGUUUGAUGUUACCAAAAACGACAUGGGGAAGGAUUAUUUCUUGAGACAACUGAAUGGAACAUGUAAUGUGUAUAUGUAAGCUCUUGUUUUCUAGAAUGCCUCCUUCCCAGGA